UUUGAAGCUUGAACAGCAGCACCCUGUGAUGCGAGGCCUGGCCUAGAAAGUUCCACCGCAUCCUCCGCAGCCGUCACACGCCAUGGCGCCCAUCACCGCGCCCCGCGGCGCAAAGAAGCUCAAGACCGACACCACAUGGUCCACCGAGUACGACACGGCGCGCAGGCACAAGCUCUUCGAGAAGCCGCCCACCGACAAGACCGCCUACCCGUCGCUCGCCGCCGCCAUCCACCCUCAUGUCCACUCCUUCAACGCCAUCCUCGAAAAGGGCGGCAUCCUCGAGCAGGGCCUGAAGGACAUUGGCACCAAAACCUUCUUGGACGGCGACCCGAACAAGAAGCCCGAGGAGCGCACCACGCCCCGCAACCGCCUGCAGGUCCGCGUGCGCGAGGUCUUCCUCGACAAGGCCGUCCUGCCGCCCAGCAACAAGUUCUCCGUCUCCAAUCGCAACAUCCUUCCCUCCGAGUGCCGCGAGAGGCACGUCUCGUACAGAGGAAAGCUGAGGGCUCGCUUGGAAUACCGCGUCAAUGGAGGAGAGUGGCAGGAGUCGGUGCGCGAGUUGGGACAGGUGCCCAUCAUGCUUAGGACCAACCGCUGCCAUCUGCAGAACAUGACGCCGGCCGAGCUCGUCAACGCAAAGGAAGAGACGGAAGAGCUUGGUGGAUACUUUGUUGUCAACGGUAUCGAAAAGCUCAUUCGUAUGCUCAUCGUGGGCCGGAGAAACUACCCAAUGGCCAUUAUCCGUCCAUCUUUCGUCAACCGUGGAGCUACAUACACCAGAUAUGGUAUUCAAAUUCGUUCGGUACGGCCGGAUCAGACCUCGCAGACGAACGUUCUGCACUACCUGAACGACGGAAACGUCACAUUCCGGUUCUCCUGGAGAAAGAACGAAUACCUCAUCCCUGUCAUGAUGAUCUUGAAGGCCCUGGUAGAGACAAACGAUCGGGAAAUCUUUGAAGGACUGGUCGGCGCUGCCGGCUCGAAGGGCCUAGAGGAGAAGCAGUUCGUCACUGACCGUGUUGAGCUGCUCUUGCGGACUUACAAGGCCUACUCCAUUCACGGAAAGGCGAAGACGAGGGCGUACCUUGGUGGCAAGUUUAAGGUUGUCCUGGGAGUACCGGAGGAUAUUCCUGACGAGGACGCCGGUACCGAGUUCUUGCGGAGAAUUGUACUGCCACACCUGGGAAGCUACGAAGUCACCGAAAGCCAAGACGCAGACAAGUUCAAGAUGCUGCUGUUCAUGAUCCGGAAGUUGUAUGCGCUAGUUGAAGGAGAAUGCGCUGUCGACAACCCUGAUGCUGUUCAGAACCAGGAGAUCCUGCUUGGUGGCUUCCUUUACGGCAUGAUUCUCAAGGAAAAGAUUGAAGAUUGGCUGAACUCGAUCCGCGCCGUGGCAAACGAUUGGUCCAGGAGCCAAGGCUGGAAGGAAUUCACCGACCCCGACUUUAUGAGGGAUUUUGUAGGCAAGAUUGUCCGGAGAACGAAUGAAAACCUGGGUGGUGCUAUGGAAUACUUCCUGUCGACUGGUAACCUGGUCAGUUCCUCCGGUCUUGACUUGCAACAAACCUCCGGUUACACUGUCGUUGCCGAGAAGAUCAACUUCUACCGUUUCAUCAGUCACUUCCGCAUGGUUCACAGAGGUAGCUUCUUCGCAGAGCUGAAGACUACAACCGUCAGAAAACUGUUGCCGGAGAGUUGGGGUUUCCUCUGUCCAGUCCACACUCCUGAUGGUAGCCCUUGCGGUCUGCUCAACCAUCUUGCGCACAAGUGCCAGAUUUCGACUGCGGAUGUUGACGCCUCUGCCGUCCCUAAGCUUGUGGCACAGCUGGGCGUGCAGAGUAACUCGGCUGCCACGCUGGAGAAGAGCGUUGUCGUUCAGCUGGAUGGUCGGAUUCUGGGCUUCUGCUCACCUAAGCAAGCUAAGGUUAUCCACGACACUUUGAGAUACUGGAAGGUCGAGGGUACCCACAAUGUUCCAGUUGAGCUUGAAAUCGGUUACAUUCCGCGGUCUACCGGUGGCCAAUACCCCGGUGUGUACAUGUUCUCGCAAUCCGCCAGAAUGUACAGGCCAGUCAAGUACCUUCCUCUGGACAAGCUGGACUACGUUGGUCCCUUUGAGCAGCCGUUCAUGUCUAUCGCCUGUACCGAGCCCGAAAUCGUCUCUGGAGACUCUACUCAUGUCGAAUUCGACCCUACCAACAUCCUUUCCAUUGUCGCCAACCAGACUCCCUUCUCCGAUUUCAACCAGUCCCCACGUAACAUGUACCAAUGUCAGAUGGGUAAGCAAUCGAUGGGUACUCCAGGUACAGCACUCAACUACCGUACGGACAACAAGGCCUACAGGCUGCAAACCGGCCAAACGCCAGUUGUGCGCCCCCCGCUUCACAACGAGUACGGUCUGGACAACUUUCCCAACGGUAUGAACGCUGUCGUCGCUGUCAUCUCCUACACCGGUUACGACAUGGACGACGCUAUGAUUAUGAACAAGUCUGCCCACGAGCGUGGCUUUGGUCAUGGUACCAUCUACAAGACCAAGAAGAUUGAGCUCAAUGAGGCCGCAAAGGGCCGUAACUCCAAGAAGGUCACUAGUCUGUUCGGUUUUGCUCCUGAUGGCAUCGUGAAGGCCGAGUGGCGUACGAAGCUCGACGAUGAUGGUCUGCCGCACGUCGGCACCAUGAUGCAAAAGGGCGACAUCUUGUGUGCGUACCACUCAGUUACCUACGACUCUGUCACCGGCAAGUAUAUCAACCGCGAUGGACAGACCCAAUUCGACAAGUACAAGGACGACGAGCUUGGUUUCAUUGAAGAGGUCCGCGUCAUUGGCUCCGAGAAUGGAAAUGAGCCCUGCCAGGUGGUCAGCAUCAAGAUUCGCAUUCCUCGUUCGCCAGUUAUUGGUGACAAGUUCUCUUCUCGUCACGGACAGAAGGGUGUCAUGUCUCAAAAGUGGCCUGCGACCGAUAUGCCUUUCAGCGAAUCUGGCAUGCAGCCCGAUGUCAUCAUCAACCCGCACGCUUUCCCGUCCCGUAUGACUAUUGGUAUGUUCGUCGAGUCUCUUGCCGGCAAGGCCGGUGCCCUGCACGGUCUGGCGCAGGAAUCGACGCCCUUCCGUUUCGACGAGAAGAACACGGCUGUGGACUAUUUCGGACACCAGCUCAAGAAGGCUGGAUACAACUACUACGGCAACGAGCCCAUGUACAGUGGCAUCACGGGUCAGGAGCUGCACGCAGACAUCUACAUUGGUGUCGUCUACUACCAGCGUCUGCGUCACAUGGUCAACGACAAGUACCAAGUACGGACGACGGGUCCGAACAACGCGGUCACGGGCCAGCCCAUCAAGGGUCGUAAGAAGGGUGGUGGUAUCCGUGUCGGAGAAAUGGAGCGCGACGCGCUGCUGGCACACGGCACGGCCUUCCUGCUGCAGGACCGUCUGAUGAAUUGCUCGGACUACGCGCGCGCGUGGGUGUGCAAGACCUGCGGCUCGUUCCUGAGCACGGCGCCCACGGUCGCGCAGUACGGCCGCGGCAAGAAGGCCAGCGGCUUCACGCGCUGCAGACGCUGCGCCAAGCGUGCGGAUGGCCACGAGGCCAAGAGCGAGGUCUGGGAGGAUGGUGCGGGUAUCCGCUGGACAGGCGGUGAGGACGUCGCCGUCGUCGCCGUACCCGGUGUGCUGCGCUACUUGGAUGUCGAGCUUGCGUCUAUGGGCAUCAAGCUGCGCUUCAAGGUUGACCCGUAAGCGGAGACCGGGAUGGACGUGAGUUGUGCGGUGUUUGUGUGGAUCCAGAUGUGUUGUGUUGGAUCUUGCAAGACUGUGUUUGUUCCGCGGAGUCAGGGGUGGUAAAAAUGUCGUUUUGGCUACAGUGGAUGAUUGCACCGCGGUGUUAGCAUUGCAGGCGUUCUGUGGGUUUCUUUAGAUAUCUAUCAUUUUUCGGCAAUUGUACCUUGUUUCGUGCUAGCUUUUUGCUCGAGUAAUUUCGGACUGGUCUCUAUCUGUAUGGAGAAGAACGAAAUCAUAACACGCGUGAGUUUGUGGCUUUGUCGCGAGUAGCUGUUAAUCAUUUUUUUGCAGUUUUAUCUUCUAACUCUAUAUUCCGGCAUUAUCCUUAGGGUUAUAUAGAAUACAUCCG